AUGACCAGAUGGUUCUUAUUCUCCUCAGUUAAGAAUACAUAUACAGAAGAGAGAAAAUACAAAACUAUGAUGAAAAUAGACAGAGCAUAUGCAGAUUGGAAAGAAGGAGGCAUAAAAUUAUGGGAUAUAGAACUAAGACAUAUAGCAUUCAAAAUCUGGUACAUGAACAGGCUACUCCAUAACAACUACAACAACAACAACAAUACCUUACAAGAAUGGUACAUGGAGCAAUUAAGUAGAAAAAAAGCCCACACUUCAACCCUCAACGAUAUGUGCAGACACUGGGGUGUAUUCAGAGUCAAAUUUUACCAAAACCAUCCAAAGAUAAAUGAACUUCCAGACUGUAUAAGAAACGACAAUGACGAACCACUAAAACUGAAAGAAAUUUACGAACUCAUGAUCAAAGACAGACACCCAACACCAAGAAGAACACUGAUGAAAGCAAAUCAGAGCCAAAGUUCGAACAAAAGGUCAUAG